CCAGGUUGCGGAAAGAGAAUAUGCGUCUAUUUAUUUAUUUACCAGCACCAGAAAAUAAUCGAACCAUACGACAGAUAUCGUUGCACCGCCAGAAAAUUGCCAAAAAAGACAACCCGAAAAUCUCAGGUGCUUUUCGGAUCGUAUACUUCGUAAAAGCAAGCCACAUACCGGAGGUCACGUGAACUGUUUUGACUCCUACCACUUGUCCAAAAUGUUGCUCAACUGCUGCUUCAGGUGCUUCUUCUCUGCCUUGUUGAGCCCGUUAUGCUCCAGGUUGCGGUUCAGCCGUCUGCGCAGGUGCUCCAGGCUGCGGUCGAUCGACGUGCGCAGGUUCUCCGUGUAGCUCUUUCUGAACGCGUCGAGAUGGCGGAACACAGCCUUGGAAAUGUUGUUGGACGAGAUGGCGAAACUCAGCACCACCACCGCCACCGCCGUGUCCAUCGAGAUAUAGUCGAUCACGUGACCCACCGUGCACACGGCGAACGCGGGCAGGUUGAUUGUGGCGAGGUUGUGGAGCACGAUGCGGCUGAUUUUCUGCUGCAGCUCCGGGAGGUCCUCGUUGAGCACCUUUUGUUUCAGCACGGCGACCGGAUGGGCCAGCGGCUGCCGCGGUUCUGUGUUUGCCGGCAGCAGCAGGUCGAUCUUUCCCUCUAGGUAGUUCAGCUUGGCGGUCGAGUCCAACAGCGACCCGUGGCACUUGACGGGCGUGAAGUUGAACAUGCUUUUCUGGAUGUAUGUUUCGUCGUCAAAGAGAUAUUUGGAGAGCACAAGGUCGAAGUCGUCGAUGUUUGGGACGAUCUGUGUGAUCUUGCUGAACCUCUGAAUCAGCACGUCCUGCAAGUAUGGGGCUAUUUUUGACUGGAGCUCGAAAUGGGACAUCUGAGCCCAAUUUUCGAUCUCUUUUCUUAGUGCGUUCGUUUCCUUCACAAGGUCGGGCUUCUCCUCAAACCUGAGCUGCUCGUCAAUGUCGGAGAGCAGCGACCGCAGCAGCAGGGCCGCUGGCCUGUUGCCGCUGGUUUCUCUGCUCAAUGUGAACAGCAGAGCGCUGAUAUUGGAUUUUUUCACCAGCUCGAGGUAUCUGGACACGUUGUUGGGAGACUCCAUGAGCAGUUCGUUGGCCAGUCUGGCUUUUUCCAGAUCUACGGCGAUCUCGCCCUGUGUUUGUAAUUGGAACGAGCCCCCGGUCUCCGGGAUCUGUGUGUUGAGGACCGAGAGAGAAGGGUAGUUGUUGAUCUCCAGAGGCUCCCCAGGACGGGUCUUGACAUAUAUGUACAGAUGGCAGUCUUUGGGGGCCGACGGCUGCACGGCACUGGUUUCUGAGAUGCCAGAGUCCGGGUGCAAGGUUUCUGGGUCAUUGAUUUCCAGGAGCUCGAUGUCUCGGAACUCUUGUCUGUGCAGCUCCUUUCUCGUAGAGCCGUCGCCUAAGGUUUCGCUCUGUAUCACGCGCAAUUCGCGGCUCAGAAACGGAGACCGCACGCCGUUCUCGCCAAAACGGACCCAAUGAUUGGCUUUUUUCUCGCUCAGACGCUGCCGAAGCUGUGUAUACCACGUCUGGUCGCUGUCCAGAGGGUCGCAAACUAGCACGUCUGUGAGCAGUCCGGACUGAAUUCCGGGGCUCUGUACGAUCCCAAUUCUGACGGGCGUUGAGUAUCUGUCCGUUUCUCGCGCUAGCUCGAGCAACUGGCGGGCUUUGUGUCUGAUUAUCUUGUUUGUGGGAAAUAUCGCUCUAGUCUUCUCCAGCAGGUCGGGUAGGCCAUUUUGGUCUAUAGUGCCAACGGAUUGGUAUCGCACACUUGUCCAUACGAGACCUGUUGAAUUUGGCCGCGCACGGACGAUAUUUUGGAGAACGAGAGACGGGGGUCUAAAACUCAUAAACAUGGUUGACUUUUUUUUUUGUUUUUUUCCCGAAAAAAACCAUUUAUAAGGGCCAUGUUUUAGCAUGUGGAGAUCAAACAAGUCCCUCUUCCAGCGGCCAAUUGCUCCGUUCUGUUUUACUCGGUCUUCCCACACAAACCCAUUGGUAAGUUUGCAGGCCGUCUAGCUCCUCCUAACGUUCAUAGGGCCUCCCAAAGACGGGUCCCCGCGUCUCGUCGCAGCGGUCCCUAGAAAACGUCCAACACAUAGUUUUUGUCUCUGCGGGUAAAGGUGGCGUAGGCAAGUCGAGUGUGACUGCCAAUCUCGCUGUUGCACUUCGAAACCGCAACCUGAAUGUGGGGAUUCUCGAUUCCGACAUCUUCGGGCCCAACAUCCCCAAACUGAUGGGUCUGCGCGGAGAACCGCGGAUCAGCGCCAACAGAAAGCUCAUCCCGCUGAUGAACCACGGGAUCCAGACGAUGUCUAUGGGGUAUCUUGUGCCUGAAAAAGCGGCAGUCGUCUGGAGAGGCCUGAUGGUGCAAAAAGCGCUGCAGCAGCUGCUUUUCGACGUAGAGUGGCGCAAUCUGGACGUUCUGCUGGUGGACACGCCGCCGGGAACUGGUGACGUGCAAAUCACGCUGGGCCAGCAGCUGAAAAUCGACGGGGCCGUGAUUGUGACCACGAGCCAGGACCUUGCGCUCAGCGACGUGAGACGCGGCCUCACGAUGUUUGAGAAAAUCGGUGUCCCGAUCUUGGGCAUUGUCGAAAACAUGAGCGUGUUCACGUGCCCAAAAUGCCACCACGAGGAGCACAUUUUCGGUGAGAGCGAGGAACUCAAGAGUCUGCAGCAGCAGGGCGUGGCGCUUCUGGGCCGCAUCCCGCUUUCAAGAGAGAUGUGCGGCUCUGUGCUGCCCGCCACAGACAGGCACAGCCAGACAGGUGCUGUUUUCGAAGCGAUUGCCACCGAGGUGCUGAAAAAAAUAUCCUAGUACUACUCCACGCGGCCGUGCGGCGCGCGCUUUGCCCAGCGCUAUGCCCCAAAAUCCUCGUUCUGCCAAAGAGUCGCAACACUACUUAAACACCGUCCAGAGUACUUUUUUCUGCUACACCAUUGCUACCACACAGCCAAACACAGACACUUGCACAACAAAAUAAUAUAAAACACUAUAUGAAGUGGUGGAUUCUGACUCUCCUGGGCCCGGCCCUGGCAGACUCGGUUUUCGACAAGCUGGACGCCCGCACGCAAAACCAGGUGUUCCAGAUCAUCGAACGGUACAACGAUCUCAAGGACGACCAAGUCCACUUCGAGGAGUGGAUUUCUCCUGACAACAACGCCUACAUCGUCCCGCGAUACCGCGCCGCGGCCGUUGCCGAUGCGCCGUACGUCUAUGGCAACGGGUACCAGUUCUUUGGCUCCGACAACGACGCGGUCGGGUCUCUAGCAACAGAGACGGGACAGCAGAUGGGGCUGAUCAAGGAGGAGGACAUUGCCGCGCAGGGCUUCCCCAACGUGUUCAAGAAGCUCAAGGAGCACAUUCAGGGCUCCUGCGAGGAGGAGGGCGGCGCCGAGGAGUACUUUCCGUUCGGCGCACGCAAGUUUCUGCUUGUGGGUGUGAAGAAGGAGUCUGUUGAAUUUGUUGCGGACGAAAAUAGCCUGCAGGCCCAAGAGCCUGCGGACUCUGUUGACGCGAAUUGGUGGCCGAAGAAGAAAAAGGAGGAGGACUGUGACGGCGAGGGGGAGCAGAAAAAGCUGUUUGGCACCGACAAGUUCUUCUUUGUGGGCAUCGGCUCUGUCGACAACAGUACCGCAAAGCUCAGACCGGACUCUGGUGCGCGCUUUUCUCCGCUGUCGCCGUUGGCGUACGCCUCCAGAAACAAGCAGAUCGCACAGAACGCGGCUGAGGCGUCGUCGCCCGCGCCGCCUGCCCCAACAACACUUUCUGUCAGCUACCACACAAAGCCCAACGCAAGCGUAGACCUGUUCCACCAGUUCCAGCACAACAGCAGUCUGGAAGUGCAGAAUGACGCCGCCGCUUCGUCCGGCCGCGCCCUGUCGCUGAUCGGCGCCGUUGUUCUGAUCGGGUCGUCGGUGCUCCUGUUCUAGACAUGUACCGCGCAAAAAAUAAUCUGAUAAUCAUCUGCUCUACUGUAGUGCGCUGAGCCGCUCGCGCAUGUUCUCCAGCAGCUCGUCGUCCACCUCCUCCGGUUCCGGCUCCUCGGGCCGCACCAUCUCCGGCAUUUGGACCUCUGUCUUGGGUUUUUCGUCCAGAAUGUUUCUGAGCACCUCGUCGACGUCCUCGUCCUCCUCUUCUUCAUAGACGUCCGUCGUUUCCAGCAUAUCGUCCAUCAUCUCGUCGAUCACUCCGCUCUUCAUGAGCUCUCUGCUGAGCUCCUGCACGGUGUGGCCGAUCUGGGGCAGCCGGACCAGCUGGUUCAUGUCCUUCAUGAUCUCCGUCGACUUCUGCAUCGAGCCCUUGAGCUUGAUCAUCUGCUGCUGCUCGGCGAGCUUCAUGCCAAUCGACUCCAGCGUGACUUUUGAGACCGUCACGCGCUGGAUGGUUUUGGCAACGUUUUUGUACUCGCGAGCGUACAUUUUGGCAGUUUUCAUGUCGUCCUUCUUGACGGCCGCUCUGAUGAGCGUCUUUGUCUUUUUCUCGACGGCGUUGAGGUCCUGUAGCUGCCGCUCAAUCUGCCGCUUGUUUUUGCGCAGCGCGCUCUGGCACCGGC